CAAACCAUCACAACCAGCUCCAACUCCGGAGGCCUAACGAGCAAGAGCACGAGCGAGACCCUGACCAACAGGAUGAGUCGCAGCCCUGAGAGGAUUUCCUCGUACCGCCGGUAUUUUGAAGAAUGCACCACCGCCGCCGCCGCCACCUCCACCUCCCUGCAGGUGAGGGUGUCCAGCCCCUCUCCCGUCCGCAGGGCGGUCUAUAGCCAGCGUGGGGCCAGCUACUCCCGCUCCUCAGCUGCAGCUGCCGGAGUCAUGGCCGUGGGACGCAGGGCUGCCUCUGCCUCCUCAUCCACCGCAGUUGCCUGCAAGUCCCUGAUGAUGAGUGGUGGAGCUGGUGCCAUGGGUUUGGCGAUGGGCGGUGGACAGGCCUUUGAUCUGGAUGCCGUGGCCGCAGAGAACCAGGAGUUCCGGGGCACUCGUACGAGUGAACGCAAAGAGAUGAUCGUGCUGAAUGACAGGCUGGCUGCAUACAUCGAAAAGGUUCGGUCACUGGAGUCACAGAAUAAGGUUCUGGAGACAGAAAUCGAGGGCCUGUCAAACCGCUUCCUGAAGCCCACUGGCCUGCGCAUGCUCUAUGAAGAACAGCUGAGAGACCUGAGGAGCCUUGCAGAACAGAUGAGAAGAGAACGGGACCUGGCUAUUGCCGCCAAGGAUGCCACCGCUAGCCAGCUUGAGCUGAUGAAGGUGAAAUAUGAAGAAGCCAUCGCACUGAGGAAGAAGGCUGAGCUGGACAUCGAGAAUCUCCGCCCGGAUGUUGAUGCCGCCACUUCCUCCCGUAUCGCCCUGGAGAAACAGCUGGAGAAUCUCCAAUUUGAACUUGAGUUCCUCAAGAGGAUUCAAAGACAGGAAAUUGAAGAACUGAUGAAGCAGAUCUAUGCUGCCACUGCUCUCUCUAAAGAUGCCUUCGGCCUCCCCGACCUCUCCAGUGCUCUGCAACAGAUUCAGAGUGAAUACGACACCAUCGCCGCCAAAAAUCUCCAGGAAAUGGAUUCAUGGUACAAUGCUAAAUUUGACGACUUGAACAGCAAAUCCACAAGCAGCUUGGACAAGAUGCGCGGUGCCAGGGAGCAACUUGCAACGGCCAAAAUGGAGAUUCAAGGCAAGGAGAGGGACAGGGGACAACUGCAGACCAAACUCGAUGGCCUGGAGGCUAGAAUUGCGGAAGCACAAGCCAGACAUAAGAAAGAACUCCAGGCACUGCAGGCUAGGAUUGAAGCACUCCAGCUGGAAAUCAAAUCCACCAAAGGAAAAAUGGCAAAGAUCCUCUUGGAGUAUCAGGAACUGCUCAAUGUCAAGAUGAGCCUGGAGAUUGAGAUCACAACAUACAGGAAACUGAUUGAGGGUGAGGACAUUCGCAUCGCUGGUAUGGUGCAAAAAGGCAUAAGCGCCAUUGCUGGAUCAAGCAGCAUGAUGUCCUCAACCACGUCAGUUGGAAUGGCUAGUGGAUUCGCAAUGAGUUCUGGAAUGUCUGUCAGUGCUGGAAUGUCUGUCAGUGCUGGAACGGCAGCAGGAAUGGCAGGUGCUGCUUCUGGAAUGACAUCUGGAAUCGGUUGCGCUGGAGCUGGAAUUAAUGGAUCUGUUGACGCUGAAGCUGGAGAUGUUGCUGCUGCUGCUGCUGCCGGAACGGGAGGAAAUGGGGAAGACCUGGCAGCUAGAGUAGCUGAUGGAACUGAAUCUGAAGCUGGAGUGGCUGAUGGAACUGGAUCUGAAGCUGGAGUAGCUGACGGAACUGAAUCUGAAGCUGGAGCUGAAGCUGGUUCAGAAGCAUGUGAAGGAAUUGUUGAGGAAGCUGAAUCAGUGGGAGAAGCAGCUGCGUAUUCUUAUGCUGGAAGUGAAGCCGGAUCCCAAGUAGCAGCUGAUGCUGACGCUGAUGCCGCAUCUGUAGCAUCUUCAAUGGUAAUCGGAGCUGAUGCUGAUGCUGUGGCCACCGCAGCAGCUACAUCUAGUGCUGUCAGCCGAGUGUCAGCCGCGCACGCACACACCACCACCAUGGAGCAGGCUGUGGAGGUGACCGAGAGGAAGACCUUGCUCAUCAGGACAGUGAUGAACAACGAUGAGGUCCUGGAGCAUGACACACAGGAGCAUAACUACAUCAUUGAGGGAGCUGCCGAUUAGGAGAAGUGAUCCAAUCCACGAACGACCCCUGACCUUGACCCUUGGCUCUUGACCUUGGAACGAUACCAUGAUGAUGACAACAUCUGAAAGACUCUUCUCCUUUUAGUGUGUUUGUGUGUGUUCAAAACUGGCUGUGAGAUUUUUGCUGUU